CUGGUACACAUAAGCUCUCAUUUCUCUUGGGUGAGGUGAGGAAUUAGUUGGUCAUCGGAUAUUCAUAUGUUUAGGUUUUGUAAAUACUGCCAGUUUGCCAAUGUGGUUGUAUCAAUUUUAUGAGCAAUGUAUGAGGGUUCCAGCUGCGACAUCCUUGACAAACUAGGUAUCGUCAGUCCUUUUAAUUUUAGCCAUUCUUGGGUGGGUGAGAGCAGUGAAGAGCCAUUCUUGACAUGGAAUGACAAGACCUAGUGUGCCAGAGGUGAAGGCCUGAGCGUCCAGGGGAGCAUGAGCCUGUCUUCUAUGCUCUGCUGUGCUACAGCAAUGUUUCAGUGUGCUCAGGAGGAAAACAGAGACAGCAGAGAAGCCGAGUGCUCCAAAGUGGGCAGAAAUGGGACAAGCAUAAAUAAAGUGCUAGGCUAAUAGUGAGACUCUUGGAUAAUUUUGUCAUUAGCUACAAAGAGGGCAGUGACAACAUGAUUUACACACACACACACACGCACACGGGGUGGGGUAUCUGCAAUACUAAGCAGCUAGUAUGGUAGGGGCACUGCCUAAUCAGUAUGGAUGCUGGCCAGGAGAGGAUGUGUGUAUGUGCUGGCUGGAAACUCAGUCCUGCUCAUAGGUCAUGAUCUUAAUGAUUAAAUAAGCCAAGAAAUCCCAGAGGGCAGUGCCCAGGAGCACCCUGUUUGCUCUGUGGCUAGAACGCAGCACACUGAAGUAUCGCCCAUCAGGGUUAGAGGUGCUCGUGAUGGUUUGGGCAAAUACAAUUAUUAAUCCAGAGUAUCAGAGUCUGCAUGAAAAUACUGAAAAGUGAGGGUAUACCCAGCCGUUUGCAAGAAAUACAAAUUGGAACUGGCAAUAACUUAAGAUAAUUAGAGAGGCAGAGAGCACUGGGUUUUACUAAAAUAUUAAGACAUUAAUAUUUUAUGCGUCCUGUCUCCAUGUCAGCAACUGCGCAAAGUACACGCGUUCAAGCGAAAAGAGCGGGUGGGGUGGGAAGGCUAAUGGCCAGCCAGAGCUUCGGCGCUUGCACGCCCAGGCCACCGGGUGACGACUGCUUCCAAUUCCGCGGCCUUUAAACCCCAGGUUGUUUUGAAAACAAAAAACGAAACAAAAAAAACCCUAUUUCUCUAAAAGUCACGAUUCGAGCCCCACCUGAGGACGCAGCGAUCCAGCGCCAACUCCUGUAUCUAUAAAGGAGUGACUUUACCAGAAGCGCCUAUGCAAGACGCAGGGCCCCGCGCGGGCUGCUCCCACCUUUCUCUCCUUGCAGGGUACCGAGACCCUGGCUGGUGCGGCCGGUGGCCCCUCCGGCCCAUCCGUCGGAAAUGGUGAGUGGCUCCACGGCCCGGGGUCUGCAGAACCUACCCCAGCGGGAAUAGCAGCCCUACACAGCCGCGCUCUGACCCGCUGACCCCGCGUCUCUGCGCGAGGGACCAAUCAGCCGCCAGCUAAGUUCACAUACCCAGAAGGCCAUUUUUGAUUGGCUGGGCGCGGGCCAAUCAGCGGGACUGGCGGGCGCGCGGGGACUGUUGGGCUCCUCAGACGGUUUGAUGUUGAGGUUUGGGUUGCUCUCGGGCUGGCUUCGGGCUGAGGCAGGAGGGAAAGGCGGGAGCUGGGGCGUCAGGGCCUGCGGACGAUGUGUGUGUGAAAAGGCGCGUCAGCCAUAAGAAGCCAUACGCGUGCGAGCCGGUCCCCACUGCCCCCGCGGCGUUGUCACCAUCAUCAUGAGGCCACUGGAGCAGCCUCGGGCGCUGCUGACGGGGAUCCGGGCGCGGGGUGCGUCGGGCUCUGCAGGUUGGCACUCACACCCGGCGCGCAGGAUGGCAGGCAAGUGCGUCCUGAAUCCUGCCCGCGGGCACCCGACACCGCGUCUGUGAGUUCCCGCCCCGGCAUUGCUGCAUUACCUGUACGUAGGCAGAACUCUUGACCGCGACCCACAGGAACCUCACUUACAUUGGCAGAAACACAAAAACGCAACUGAUGGUUCCACAUAACUGAAAAUAUCAGAAGUAGGCCUUCAGGCAUGGAUGUAUCCAGGAAUAGCCCAUUUCAAACCUACAAGAAAGAAGUGUGCCUCCCAGGUCAUUCGAUGCACCCUGGCCCCUGGGCCGUCUGCUGUGAGUGCCAGACCAGAUUCGGGGGCCGCCUACCUGUGCCCAGGGUGGAAGCAGCACUGCCUUACUGGGUCCCUCUGUCCCUGAGACCCCGAAAGCAGCACCCCAGCUGGAUGCAUGCUCCUGGCACAACUGCUGGCGGAUCUGCGGUGGCGAGCGCCUGCUGCCCAAGUGCCAGCAGCUCCAGGCCCCCGACCAGGAUGAGCUACCGGCUCGCCCAGUGUGUCUGCUGCGCCUUGCCCUCCUGGCCCUCCUCCAGGCCAUCCCGAGGGUCAUUGUGGCCAUUCGGUGAGCAGCCAGUUUUUUGGGAUUUGAAGUUGGAAUCUUCAGCUACUGUCAAGAAUAUCCACAAAAAUGUGUCACAAUCAAGAUCUUUAACGAGAGUCCUCCAAUCAGGAGGCGUCUGUGACAGCCGCUGUUUUCUCAUAGAACAGAAUCCACACCCAGGAUUCAACCCAAAUUAUUUCUCAUCAGGGGGGACUUGUCCCCAUCUCCGUGUCCCUGGGGGAGGGCAGCCAUUUCCGAGUGUCUCUUCAGGGACAGCAGAUCCACUGGACAAGGGUCCGAAAAUGGUAUCAGCACCUGUGUCAGGUGGGUCUCACUUUAAGUAGCAGAACAUUGUAUAUGUGAACUGAAUUUUAAAAUCUGAGAUCUCUUUUACAUAUCAUAAAAUUCACUCUUUUAGAGUAUACAAUUCAGUGGUUUUUAAUAUAUUUACAGUGUUGUGCAACCAUCACCGUUCAUUCUAGAACAUUUACCGCAAAAAGUCCCAUACCAUUAAGCAGUCACUCCUUCCCAUCUCCCCCAACCCCUGGUGACUUCUGAUAUACUUUCUGUCUCUGGAUUUGCCUGUUCUGGGACAUUUCAUCUCAAUGCUGUCAUCCGAUGAGUGGUCUUUUAUGACUGCCUUCUUUCACUUGGCAUUACGCUUCAUCCAUGUUGAGGCGUAUGUCAGUAUGUCUUUUCUAUUGAUGGUUGAAUUUUGGGUUGUUUCUGCUUUUCGGUGAUUCUACUUUGUGAAUAAUAUGGUUUGAACAUUUACGUGCAAGUGUUUGUGUGGACAGAGGUUUGCAUUUUUCUGGGGUGUACGCCUGGGAGCAGAAUUGCUGGAUCAUAUGUUACUCCAUGUUUCAUGUUUUGAGGAACUGAGCGGAACUGCUGGAUCAUAUGUUACUCCAUGUUUCAUGUUUUGAGGAACUGAGCGGAACUGCCGGAUCAUAUGUUACUCCAUGUUUCAUGUUUUGAGGAACUGAGCGGAACUGCUGGAUCAUAUGUUACUCCAUGUUUCAUGUUUUGAGGAACUGAACGGAACUGCUGGAUCAUAUGUUACUCAUGUUUUGAGGAACUGCCCAGCUCUUGUCCACAGCAGCUGCACCAUUUUCUAUGCCCACCAGCAGUGCACCAGGGUUCCCAUUUCCCUGCAUCCUCACGACACUUGUUUCAUCUGUGACUUUCCUGAUAGCCAUCCCAGCAGGUAUGGAGUGGUGUCUCAUUGUGGUUUCCAUUUGCAUUUUCCUAAUAACUAAUGAUGCUGAACGUCUUUCCAUGUGCUUGUUGGACAUUUGUAUAACUUCUUUGGAGAAGCGUCUAUUCAAAUACUUUGUCUAUCUAUAGAUACAUAGAUACACACACACAUACACACACACACACAUAUAUAUAGAUGUGCCCCUACACACAUAUAUGUAGUUUUU